GAUUAUAACCAUACAGUAGGUUUUCUCGUCAUUUAGAAGAGUUUAUCUUUUUAUUUUAUUUAAAAACGGUAAAUAUGAACCGUACCGAGAAUUUUAGGGUUGUAGUUAAAUUCAAAACCGGCGAUAAAAGGGACGAGACGAAAUUUUACAUUUACCUCGAUUUGGAGGCGUUAACCAAAGUGAAACACGUGGAAAAGCACAUAGCAACUUUGUUCAAGCUAAAGAACAGAAUGAGGCUGUACAUCAACGAUGUUUACCUCCCACGUGGAGAAACCGUUCAGAUAAUAAUGCCGGGGGAUGUCUUGACGGUGUAUCCACCCCACCCUUUACUGGAGUGUGAAAGUUGUUAUAAAGCGAGAGAGUUAGGGUCUGUCAAAGAAAAUAAAACUGUCGAGGAAACCCAACAGGAAAAACUCGACAAAAUGGAUCUUGAAGUCUCAGUUGAUGAAUCGUUAGAACAGGUCCUUGGAGAAUUGAAAUCGAAGUAUCAAGAAUUAAAAAAUUGCAGCGAAGGCAAAAGCGAAGAGCAGAAAGAGGAUUUGGCUCUUUUUGAACCCGAGAGAAAGAAACGGAGACGGUGUAGAAGGAGGAAAGUUAAAGACGAUAAAGACAAACUUAAUCCAGAAAUGAAUAUUUCUCCUCAGCCAGUUGUCCCUGUUAGACCAAUAUCGCCUAAAGGAAAUGGAAUGCACAUACGAUUUGAAGAGGAAUCACAUACCAAUGGGAUCGACGAGACAGAAAAACCCGAAAUAACAACAAACGUCACUCAAUUGGACAGUAAAGCCAGUCCAGACCCAGUAGAAAAAAACUGCAUAGAAGAUUGGAAACAAAAUCUUCUAAAUCUUGCAAAAAAUGGGAAAAAUAAAUUUUUUAGGUCAAAAGAACAGAAUACGUUGUCCAAUGGAGAUAGCAAUGGCGAUAUGACUGAAAUUACAAAUGAAAAAGAGACAGAAAAAAUAACAAAUGGACAGCCGAAUGGAAAUAAUAAAUUAAAAAAUAUUGAUAUCGUAAAUUGUCCCAUUGUUGACAACUUUAAUCCAUAUGAUUUAAUAAUUUUUAAGAAAUUGAAACUCGACGAGAAUUACUGCCCUAUUGAAUCAAACCACAUACUAGGGCAGAUUAUCGAAAUUUCUAAGGAUACGCUUACAAUAGAUAUACAAGAGGGAGCUGAAGAAUUGGCCCCUCCACAGGGAAAAUUUUAUUUAGAAGAAUCCACCCAUGAAAACCCAGAAGUGGAUACUAUUGUUGAAUUGCAAAAGUCAGAAUUGUUAGAAAUUCGUUUGGUACCAAAGUGAAACUUUUUCCUAUUAAUUAUUAUUUAAUAUGUAUUAUAAUUUUCUUUUUUACAA